AUGCACACUACAAUGGCCCCUCACAAAUGGACAUCUGAUGAACAAGAAGAAUGGUUAAAACCAUACUAUGAAGCCUUCCUCAUGAAGCAGAGUGAAAAGUGUGGAAACUAUAGGAACUUUUUCGCUGACCUUUAUGAAAAUUGGUUUGAGGCAUUUCCUGAGCUGAGGCCAAGUAGCAUAACAGCAUUUGGGCCUAUAACCUUCGAGGAGCUCAAGGAAAUGAAAUCAGCGGAAGACAUGCGAAAAGUGAAAUUGCACAAUUGUUUCAAAAAUAAUUUUGGAGCAAUGAAGGCUGGCAGGAAGGCGAAAGCACAUGCCACUAAUGUUAUUGAUGUUGUAGUGCACAAGAUUACCAAGUGUGAAAAACCAACAUGUUGGCUUCAGGGGCAAGAGGCUUACUCUAAGCUUUACUACUGUGAUCACAUCAAGUCUACUGUGCAAGAGAAGCUCACAGCCACCAGCGAAAAACUCACCAAUGGAGAGCAUGUCGCACUCAUCAAGAAGGAGACUGCUGCAAUGUAUGCCAACGAAACGCCCGAGGUCAAAGCACAUGUGAAGGAAUUUCUUGAGGAGCAGAAGCAGCAAAGAGUGCAGACGAAAGAGGAAGGCUCAUGGAGUAAAUUGGAGGGUGACUAUUCACAGAACUUGGACAAACUGGCUGCCGUUGCCAACAAGUUUUUGAAAGGCCUGGUGGAUGCAACAGGGAUGUCCUUCUUGCUUCUUGCUGGUGGCCCAUCACCUGAGGCACAAGGGCAUAUUGAUGUGUACAGUUUUCAUGUUGGCUUGAUGAAACUUGGUAAUGACUUCAGUGCAGCCUAUCCUGGUUUUGAGUCUGGCAUCAUGGGUCCAUUCUGGGAUUUUCUGUGUCGUGUAUACUGUGAACUGGUGGAGGCUUCAGCAUCAGUGGAGCAUGGGGUUGAAGUAGGAGGGGAAGGGGACAAGGAAGAUUUGGUACCAGCUGUGCAGAAGUCACAAGAUAUAUCUGUUCAGGAUGUAUUGCCCACAGGUACUAUCGCUAUGGCAUCACCCACAUCGAGCACAGUAUAUCCCAUGAGUGGACAGUCAUCCUCAUGGGAUGUAUUGGAUGAUUUUUAUGAUCCUAAUGGAGGAGAUCAGCUACUCACAUUGCCUGGCAGCUCCAACACUUUCGGGAAUGAAACUCCAUACUGGGCAACUCCAGCAUUUGAUUCUGCUCUUGGUGUGAUGCUGCAACCUCCUUUGCCCUCUUUUGAGAUGUGGGACCCUACUCCAAUGACACCUGGUAUGGCACCUGAUGACCUAAUCUCUAAUGCUUCUCCCCACCCAACUCCCAUCACACUUCCAGACAAGCGCUUCUUCAACAUGUCUCCCUGCACAACCUCCACCCCACUUCUUGACCCUCUUACUAUGUCUCCCUCCACUGCACUUCUUGACCCCCCUACUAUGUCUCCCUCCACCCCACUUCUUGACCCUUCUGCUACAUCUCUCACAUCUCUGGCCAGUGUGGUUACUCAUGUGGUGCCUGUUUCUCCGGCUGCUUCACUUGCUGUGUCUCCCUGCACAGGCUCCACCCCACCUCUCAACCCUCCUACUGUGUCUCCCUCUGCCAUCGCACUUCCUGACCCUUCUCCAGCUGCUUCUCUCAUUGCUCCUGUUACUCCCACAUUGCCUACUGCAACUUUCACUGUAUCUGCUGCCCCCACCAUGCCUUUGGAGACAAGUCCAGGCCCUGCUAAAACCCAGAUGGUGGCACCAGUUGUCCCACCUGCACUGGGUGUGGCUGAUGUUGAUACUAACACUGCAGAAGAGGACACUGAGGCUGGGUGCCAUAGGACUAGCUGCAAGUCUAAACCAUCAACAUGCAAUGACAUCGCCAAUUCAAUUGGGGGCCUUGGAAAGGAGAACAUACCUCCCAAGCUGUCUGCAAAACGUUGUCUGGCUGAGGGUACCCCAGGCAACGGCGCAAAAUCCAAGAAGGCAAAGGUGUGA